AUGACUUAUGCUACAAUAAUAUGGAGUAAGGGUAUGGUAGGGGAGAUACUAUAUUUAGUAAAAUUCUACGGAUACAUGGUGUCAAUGGUUAGAGCACAGGGAGGCCGGCACCGGGAGGAAAGGGAUGGAUUUUAUAGCGGGAAAACUACAAGUCUUAGCGCAAAUCUAAUUACUGUGUUGGACAGAGGUCAAGAUGUGGUUGAUUCAAUAGGAUGA